AUGAUAAUGAAAAACCAAACUGUCAUCUCUCACUUCAUUCUCUGGGGCCUGCCUAUCCCCCCAGAGCACCAGCACCUGUUCUAUGCCCUGUUCCUGGCCAUGUACCUCACAACUGUCUUGGGGAACCUCAGCAUCAUCAUCCUCAUUCUACUGGACUCCCAUCUCCACACACCCAUGUACUUCUUUCUCAGUAAUUUGUCCUUUUCUGACUUCUGCUUUUCCUCUGUCACAAUGCCCAAAUUACUGCAGAACAUGCAGAGCCAAGAUCCAUCCAUCUCCUAUGUGGGUUGUUUGACACAAAUGUACUUUUUCAUGUUUUUUGCAAACAUGGAAAACUUUCUCCUUGUGGCUAUGGCCUAUGACCGCUAUGUGGCCAUCUGCUUUCCCCUUCAUUACACCAGCAUCAUAAGCACCAAGCUCUGUGUGUGUAUGGUAGCGUUAUCCUGGGUAUGUACCAUGUUGUAUUCCAUGUUGCACACCCUACUCGUGGCUAGAUUGUCAUUCUGUGAGGAUAACAUAAUCCCCCACUUUUUCUGUGACACAUCUGCUCUGCUCAAGUUGGCCUGCUCUGACAUUUUUAUUAAUGAACUAAUGAUAUUUAUCUUGGGAGGGCCCAUUGUUGUCAUCCCAUUCUUACUGAUCAUUGUGUCUUAUGUAAAAAUUGUCUGCUCCAUCGUAAAAGUUUCAUCUGCUCAGGUUAUCCACAAGGUUUUUUCUACCUGUGGCUCCCACUUGUCUGUAGUCUCACUGUUCUAUGGGACAAUUAUCGGUCUCUACUUAUGUCCAUCAUCCAAUAAUUCUACUGUGAAGGAAACAGCCAUGGCUAUGAUGUACACAGUGGUGACUCCAAUGCUGAACCCAUUCAUCUACAGAUUGAGGAACAGAGACAUAAAAGAAUCCCUGAUAAGAAUCCUUUGCAGGAAUAAAAUCUCUUUAUAA